CGGUCCAGGCGCCGUCGGGGCUCAGAGGCCUCGCGGGCGCCCCUCGGCGAGGAAGAUUCUGGGACCAUCUCUUGGAUUUCUAAGGAUCAGAAUUUGCUCAGCGCCCUCAACCAGCUUGGUUUCAGUUGUCAUUUAAGCUUAUUUGGCUGUUCGCUGUCCUCUGAACUUGUCCAGUACCAUCUGUGGCUGAUACAGCAGGAUUCGGAGUAACAGACUGUUGGAUGCCCACUGGACAGAAACUUGAAACUUCAGAUCAUCUUCAUAUCAAAGCAGAGCCCUCAGACCACUCGUUACUUGGGAAGAGAUAGCCCAUGUGCUGUGGAGAUGAGCGGGGAGCAGCAGCUUGAUGCAGAUCUUGGGUCUGGUGUGGAAGAAGUAGAGUUCAGCUGGGAAGACUAUUUGGAAGAGACAGGGUCCACCACUGUUCCCUAUGCAUCAUUUAGACAUGUGGACAUACGCUUGCAAAAUGGAUUUGCUCCUGGGAUGAAGCUAGAGGUAGCUGUGAAAAUAGACCCUGAAACUUACUGGGUUGCCACCGUCAUCACUGCCUGUGAGCAGCUGCUCCUGCUCCGUUACGAAGGCUAUGGGGAAGACCGGAAAGCAGACUUCUGGUGUGAUAUCAGGAAAACUGGCCUCUAUCCCAUUGGGUGGUGUCGGCAGAAUAAGAAGACCCUUGAAGCUCCAGAAGGCAUCAAAGAUAAAGUAUCUGAUUGGGAUGCAUUUCUACAGCAGACCCUGAUAGGAGCCUUCAGUCCUCCUGUGUCUCUGCUAGAGGACCUCCGAAAUGGAAGGAACCCUUUAGAUCUCAUUGCUCCGGGAUCCAGACUAGAGUGUCAAGCUUUUCGGGACACUUUGAGCACUUGGAUUGUCACUGUGGUGGAGAACAUCGGGGGACGGCUGAAGCUGCGCUAUGAAGGACUUGAAAGUUGUGAUGGCUUUGAACACUGGUUGUAUUACCUAGAUCCAUUUCUUCAUCACAUUGGCUGGGCUGCUCAACAAGGAUAUGAACUUCAGCCCCCAUUAGCCAUCAGGCAUUUGAAAAAUGAAGCUGACUGGCAAGAGAUUCUGGCCAAAGUGAAAGAGGAAGAGCCAUUACCCUGUUACUUAUUUAAGGAUAAGCAAGUUAUUGGAACUCAUGAAUUUUCUGUAAAUAUGAAAUUGGAAGCUGUGGACCCAUGGUCUCCUUUUGGGAUUUCUCCUGCUACAAUUGCUAAGGUUUUUGAUGAUAAGUACUUUCUAGUGGAAAUGGAUGAUCUUCGACCAGAAGAUCAUACAAAGCGAUCAUUUGUGUGCCAUGCUAACAGUCCUGGCAUUUUUCCUGUGCAGUGGAGUCUAAAGAAUGGUUUACAUAUCAACCCUCCUCCAGGCUUCCGGAGCCAGGACUUUGACUGGGCCGACUACCUCAAACAGUGUGGUGCUGAAGCUGCUCCCCAGAAGUGCUUCCCUCUGUCGAUUUCUGAGCACCAGUUUAAAGAAAACAUGAAACUGGAGGCAGUGAACCCUCUUCUCCCUGAAGAAGUGUGCAUUGCCACCAUUACUGCAGUCAGAGGCUCGUAUCUGUGGCUCCAGCUGGAAGGUUCUAAGAAGCCUAUACCCGAAUUUAUUGUAAGUGUGGAGUCAAUGGAUAUAUUUCCUUUGGGCUGGUGUGAAUCCAAUGGCCAUCCUCUCAGUACUCCUCGACGGGCACGAGUGCACAAACAGAGGAAAAUUGCAGUGGUUCAACCAGAAAAACAAAUACUGUCUUCAAGAACUGUCCAUGAGGGCCUGAAGAAUCGGCUGAACGCCAACCACUCAGUGAUGAUCAAUGGAAAAUAUUGUUGUCCAAAGAUAUACUUCAACCACCGUUGCUUCUCAGGGCCAUAUCUUAAUAAGGGAAGAAUUGCUGAGCUGCCUCAAUGUGUAGGACCUGGGAACUGUGUUCUGGUACUUAGAGAGGUCCUCACUUUACUUAUCAAUGCAGCUUACAAACCCAGCCGUGUCCUUCGUGAGCUCCAGUUGGACAAAGAUUCUGUGUGGCAUGGAUGUGGGGAAGUCCUAAAAGCCAAAUAUAAAGGAAAGAGUUAUCGAGCUACUGUUGAGAUAGUGAAAACAGCAGAUCGAGUGACUGAAUUCUGCCGGCAAACAUGUAUCAAACUGGAAUGUUGUCCCAACCUCUUUGGUCCACGGAUGGUUCUGGAUACAUGUUCUGAGAACUGUUCUGUUCUUACAAAGACCAAAUACACACACUAUUAUGGAAAGAAGAAAAAUAAAAGAAUUGGGAGGCCACCCGGUGGGCAUAGUAAUUUGUCGUGUGCCAUGAAAAAAGCUAAUAAGAGGAGAAAAAGGCGGAAAAAUAUUUUUGUUCAUAAGAAGAAACGCUCUUCUGCAUCUGUUGACAAUACACCAGUGGGCUCACCACAGGGAAGUGGGGGUGAAGAUGAGGAUGAUGCAGACGAUGGAGAUGAUGAUUCCCUAAGUGAGGGCAGUACAUCUGAGCAACAGGAUGAGUUACAGGAAGAGUCGGAAGUGUCAGAAAAAAAAUCAUGCUCUUCUUCUCCCACACAGAGUGAGAUGUCCACCCCAGUGCUCCCACCGCCCCCACCGCCCCCACCGCCCCCACCUCCUCCACCUCCUCCACCUCCUCCACCUCCUCCACCUCCUCCAGACACACAGACGAAUAAAAGAGAAGUCCGCACUCUUUCAUUCUCAGAUGUUGAAAAUAAACCUCCUUCACCAAAGGAAAUAAGGAUUGAAGUUGAUGAAAGGCUUCACCUGGAGAGUAACCCACUGAAGUGGAGUGUGGCAGAUGUUGUACGGUUCAUCAGGUCCACUGACUGUGCUCCAUUGGCAAGAAUAUUCCUUGACCAGGAAAUCGAUGGGCAGGCCCUUUUGCUUCUUACCCUUCCCACUGUUCAAGAAUGCAUGGACUUAAAGUUGGGUCCUGCCAUCAAGCUUUGCCAUCACAUAGAGAGGAUCAAGUUUGCCUUUUAUGAGCAGUUUGCCAACUGAGAAGGACAAACAGUGAGCUGGGUCUUUGAAGCACAGUGCAGCAAACCCUUUGCCCUGCUCUACAGGUGGUUGCAGUAGUCCUGGGGCUGUCGGCCCUGCAAGUGUUGGCUUGCUUUCUUUGCACUUUCAGGGAAGAAGGACCUACACUGAGGAAGCAAAAACAGCACAAAAAUGGCUCUCCUGCAGUGGAAAUAUGGACUUCUGUUCAGAAGAUUACAGUUAUUAAAAAAAAAGUUGUGAGAAAAAAAAACUUAAAAAUACAAAUUCUCAUUAAUGGGACCUGAAAACAAAGAAUGAUCUUGACAGCUGGACAGCACCAGUUUGGUUAUUUUCAUUCUGUUUUUUCCCAACAUAAAUUGAACUUUGUUCUCUGCCUUCUCUUUCUUGAAAAGAGAGGACAUAGCUUUAAGUCAGCACUGAUUUGGGACUGUGCCUAAGGCACAUCAGUGCUUCAUUGUCAUUGUGUUUUUAAGCUUUGUAAAAUUAAAGCAGUUGAUUUUGGGGAUAAUUAUGUGGCUCUAGGGUUUUGAAUGUAUAGUCACACUUUGAUCCAUUUUAAAAUCUAUUCUUAGGAGUUCCUUUGUUUACUACCUCUGUUGAUGACUGCGCUUACAGCCAUGAGUGACAUUUUUUUUUUAUGAUGUCAUUUUUAAGCCGAAUGCUAAAAUUAUGACAGAAAUUAGAGAAGGCACUGCCUGCUUUCUUAAAGAUAUCAUGUUGGCAUUUACACACCAGUCCCUUCAUGGAUUUUUCCUAAAAAUUCUACCAUUGUGUUUUCCAUUUUAAUCUAGUUUUGGCUACCUUUGUUAAGUGACUUCACAAAGACCAAUGUAUGAUAUUUCAGUUUAAUUAUUCUCUCACUCUUUCUUCUUAAGUGGCUUUCAUUUUAUGUUUUAUUUUUCUGUAGAGUUGUUUAACUACCUCUUUUAUUUCUGGAGUUUCUACUCUCAAGGAAAAUCAGUAUGUGUUCUUUGGACCCAAUGUCAAGCACAUUUUCCUGAUUUUCUAGAAAUGUCCACAUAGAGACACACAGUAGAGAGAUGUGGCUUUGGGAUGGCACAAAGUAUGAAGUUUUUUAGUAGUGUUCUUAGUGAUGCAUACUGAGAGGCAGUUAAGAGUCUACGACAACACUGCCCCAAAUGUCCCAGAUCUUGUCUCUGGAAAGCUAAGCAGAGCUGGGGCCUGGUUGGAACUUGGAUGGGAGAGGUGGUUAAAGAGUCUGGAAAUCUCUGUCUAGCCACUUUUAUGCCUGUCUUCAGUUAAACCAAUUAAAUGAAUGUAACUACAGUCUGAGGAUUCCCACUCAGUAGCUCAUAGUUUUGGAAAAAAAAAAUUUUUUUUUUUUUUAAAUUAAACUCACAUUGACAUGAAACUCCAGGUGAAUUUUCACUUACAAUGGCAUUGUUAGCUAAUAUAGAAGAAUAGCACUUGCUAUACUAUAGUCAUGAGUAAGGAAGGACAUACACACAGGUUGCCUCCUUUAAAUGUUUUGCUUUGUUGAUUAUUUAUUUAUUUAUUUAUUUUUGGGUUGCCCUAAUCCCUACAGAUUUAUACCCUAAGAAUUUUUUCUCAAGAAAUGAAAAUGUUUUAAAAUUGCAAACUGAGUAAAUUCUGAACAGCUAUACAAAUAUAAGGUAAUAUUAUUACAAAUUUAAA